GCUGCUAUACAGUUGUUCCUGAUUUUAAGAUUGGAAUUCUUUUUAGGCUUUAAAUAAUAGCUUUAGCCUUUAGGGUAGUUGGUGGCUAGUGUCUACUCAUUAGUUGGUUGGCGAUUUUUGACUCUAAGAUGUGAUGAGUUGCUUAUAUUUACUUCCACUAAUUAGGACUUUUAUUAAAAAGAGGACUUUGGACUGAUUUUUGAAUCCUGAAUCCCAAUCCCCUCAAGUUUCAAAUACGCGAUUUUAAAACUUUUAGGAUGUUGGUAAACUGGGAAGAAGCCUCUGGUGCAAAUUUUAAUUCAAAGGAACUCUAACAUUGGUCAAAUUUCAAGUUCAAUUUUUCUCUUCAACCUAAUCAUGGAAGACCAUGUUUCCCCUGAGGGAAAGGAAGUUAGCUGUUGCGCACCUCCUGGGGCUCAGUUGGAGGAAUCAACAUCGGUAGAUGGUGGAAAGAAAAAUUCAUCUUCAGAGGACAUGUUUAGCAACUUCUCAGAGCUCAUGAACUUUGAUACCUAUGCUGGCUGGAGUAAUAGCCCAUCCAUGACUGAUCUGAGUGUGGCUAAUGUGUUUUCAUUAUUUUCCUCAGCGCCAUAUCCACCACCUGAUGGAUUGAAUUUAGUGGAACAAAGCAAUGGUUCAUUCUUUAUGACAGAAGAUAGUGAAUUUCACAAUGGUAUGGAAAGUUCUCCUAGUUGUGUUGAGAGAGUUAUAUUUCAGCAAAUGGACAUCCAUCUUGGGUUCUUAGAUGAAGCAAAUGAUUCAAAUAACUUGGACUCAAAAGAAAAACUUAAUGGCAAAUCUCAGCAAGUUAAUACCUCAGACAUGUGCAAUUACAUAAUCUCAAGGUCACCAGGUAGGUCGCUUGAUGAUAGAAUGCUGAGGGCUUUGUCCUUCUUUAUGGAAUCAGCUGAUGAGGGAAUGUUGGCACAGGUGUGGGUGCCAACAAAGCAUGGUGAUGAAUUCAUCUUAAGCACAAGUCAACAACCGUAUUUGUUAGAUCCAAAGCUUGCAGGGUAUCGUGAAGUGUCAAGGGCAUUUACAUUUUCUGCAGAAGGAAAGACAAGAACAUGUCCUGGGCUUCCUGCUCGCGUGUUUAUAUCACAUGUUCCUGAAUGGACCUCCAAUGUUGGUUACUACAAUAAAACUGAGUAUUUAAGGUUGGAGCAUGCUAAGAAUCACGAGAUUCGUGGAUCAAUUGCUCUUCCUAUAUCUGAUGUGCACUCUCAAGUGCCAUGUGCUGUAUUGGAACUAGUCACUACAAAGGAAAAGGCUAAUUUUGACAGAGAAUUAGAAAUUUUUUCUCAUGCACUCCAGCUUGUAAAUUUAAGGACUUCAAUGCCUCCACGACUUCUUCCUCAGUGUUUAUCAAGUAACAAAAGAGUUGCUUUAACAGAGAUAAUUGAUGUGUUACGUGCCAUGUGUCAUGCACAUAGAUUGCCACUUGCACUAACAUGGAUUCCUUGUUGCUACAGUGAGGGAAUAAGAGAUGAAACUGAGAGAAUACGAAUCAAAGAGGGUCAUACAAGUUCUAAUGAAAAAUGUGUCCUAUGUAUUGAAGAAUCAGCUUGCUAUGUAAAUGAUGGAGGGGUAGGAGGAUUUGUUCAUGCAUGCAUUGAACAUCAUCUUGAGGAAGGGCAAGGUAUAGCUGGGAAAGCUCUUCAAUCAAAUCAUCCAUUCUUCUAUACUGAUGUGAAGACAUAUGAUAUUGGUGAAUAUCCCCUUGUUCAUCACGCACGCAAAUAUAACUUGAAUGCUGCAGUUGCAAUUAGGCUAAGGAGUACCUAUACCAAUGGUGAUGAUUACAUAUUAGAAUUCUUUCUGCCUGUCAAUAUGACAGGGAGUUCAGAACAGCAACUUUUAUUGGACAAUCUCUCAGGUACCAUGCGGAGAAUUUGUAAGAGUUUGAGGACAGUUUCAGAUGCUGAGUUAACAGGAAUAGAUGGUUCCCAAGGUGGGUUUCCAAAGGAAAAAGUCUCAGGUUUUUUUCCAAUGUCCAGGAGAAACUCUGAGAUAGCAUUCAUAAAUGGUGACCAUGAUUCGGUCCAGAAGAUGUCCAUGAAGACAUCUAACAUGAGAAAUAAUGGAACUGAAGCUGUUCAUAGCCAGGCAAUGAAUGGAUCAAGAAAGCAGGUUGAGAAAAAGAGAAGCACAGUGGAGAAGAAUGUUAGUUUGAGUGUUCUCCAACAAUACUUUUCCGGUAGUCUGAAGGAUGCUGCAAAAAGCAUUGGUGUUUGCCCAACAACUCUAAAAAGGAUAUGCAGGCAACAUGGAAUUUCAAGAUGGCCAUCCCGCAAGAUAAAUAAAGUGAACCGUUCUUUGAAGAAGAUACAAACUGUGCUUGAUUCUGUCCAGGGAGUGGAAGGAGGACUGAAGUUUGAUCCUUAUACUGGGGGGUUUAUUGCCGGAGGAUCAAUCAUGCAGGAAAUUGAUGCACAUAAAUAUCUUGUGUUUCCUAAGAAAAGUUCUGUGAAAGAUCCAAAGCCGGCAACACAAAAAACAGUCUCAGUAGCUCCAGCACCUGGAAGCACUAGGGAGAAUUCUACAAUUAAGUUGAAUGAUGAUGAAAGUGUUUGUCUGGUGAGAAACAAGUUUGUGCACUCAAGAAAUGUUCUUAACUCCAAUAGCAGUAAGGGAGAAUUGAAGAAAGACAAUGUUUCUUCUGAUGAUUGUUGUGAUGAUUCAAAAUCAAUGGCCAUGAAUGAUGGAUCAUGCCAGAAAUCCUGCCUUUGGACCAAGACUCAGGAUUGUCCUGAACAAACUUGUUCAAUAUCCUUGGUUACUGAUGAGGUUGAAGUUGGUGUAGAUAGGGUAGAAGGAGCUGAUGAACAUAACCAUCCGACUUCUUCAAGCACUACACACUCAUCCAAUGGCUCUGGCUCAAUGAUGCAUGGCAGCUCAUCAUGCUCUCAAAGCUUCGAGAAACAAAAGCAUUCAAAAGUCAAGUCAAAUUGUGUUGAUAGUGGGUCAAAAAUGAUUGUGAAAGCUAGCUAUAGGGGUGAUACUAUACGUUUCAAGUUUGAUCCAUCCUCAGGUUGUUUCCAGCUAUAUGAAGAAGUUGCAACAAGGUUCAAAUUGCAAAAUGGGUCAUUCCAGCUCAAAUAUCUUGAUGAUGAAGAGGAAUGGGUGAUGUUGGUGAAUGACUCGGAUUUGCAAGAAUGUACAGAAAUUUUGGGUGACAUUGGCACACGUUUUGUGAAGUUUCUUGUCCGUGACGUGCCUUGUGUUUUUAGAAGCCGCGGAAGCAAUAGUUGCUUCUUGUCAGAUAGCUCAUAGUGUAUGAUAUGAUGCAAGGCUUCAUUGUGAAAAUUCAAGUCUUGCUACAACAAUAUUUUGUUAGUUUAUCUCAUUCUUAUGUGAAUUUUGGUUCACACUGGAUUCUAAAACCAUGUUGGUUGGAGGAGUUGGCCUUUUAGCCACCUAUGCCAUAUGCAAAUUUCUUCAGUUUCUGUGAAGAUCUUGCAAGUGUCAUUUAUGGCCAUUGGGUCAAAUAUUUGUUAUAGUGCAAUCUUUUAGGGUGCUCGUUUUUAGAAGAUAGAAAGAUAAACUCACAUGGUAGCACUAGCACUAGCAUGUUAAAUAUGUAGUUCUCUCUCUAUAUGCUAUGAUUAAAGCUGCAUAGAAGUCUACAGUUGUAGACAACAUAGUUGUAAUUAGCUCAAUCUUCAGUUUGUACAAAUUUGUAAUAAGAAAAUAUGAUCA